CUUUCUGUAAAGGGAGUGUGUGUCACCCACUGGUUGUCCCUGCCCAUGCUGUGGGCACUCAUUCCACCACCCCCUCCAGCCGCUGCUUUGAUGGGAGCACCCCAGUGCAUGCAGCACCCUUUUCAGGCAAUCAGUGGAUCCUCAGCAAACUGCUGGAUGCAGGGGGUGACCUUUGGCUCCUUGACAAGAAGGGUUGAAACCCACAGACCUGGGCCCUGACAGCAGGAAGGAGUGCAGCACUGCGGUAAGGACCCCCUGAGGCUAUGUCCCAGGUAGGGCACUGAGCUGGGACUCAGGAGGCCAGGGGCUAGUUCCAGGGAUGGCACGGGGCUUGUGGUGGCCUUGCCAUUGGCACUGGACAUGCAGGACUCAGUUGCCGGAAGUUAACCAGUGGUAAAACUUCGGGCAAGUCUAGUGAAACUUUCUGGUCAUUUAUUCAGUGGGGAGGAAGAACAUUUACAAUUUUGCCCAGCCUUUAAUUAGCACUUACUUCACGUCAGAUGUUCUGAAUUAAAUUGUUAAAUAUUAACUAAUUUAAUCUUCACAGCAACCUUCUCAGGAAGGUAUUGUUAUUAUCCCCCAUUUUUACAGAUGGGGAGACUGAGUCCCACUGACAUUAACUUGCUAAGGUCACACACUGCCAGGUGUGAUGUAUUCUAAUGAGGACUAAAUAGCAUAACAAAUGUGAAGCCCAAGGGCAUGCACAGUCCUGGGCACCUGAAAGGAAGGGGGAGGUGGGCAGAGUCCUCUCUUUCUGCCCUCUGGUUCUGUUCAUUAGCUGUUGGGCCUUGGACAAGUGAUUUCACUCCUCCCGCCCUAGUUUCCUCAUCUGUUGAAGGAGAGAGUUGGAAGAAAUUAUUGCCAAAUCAUCUCCCUGAUAAUGUUUCAUACCUUUACAGAAUCACUCAGGUCUUUCCCUUUUCAGAGAUUUCCCUCCCUGGGGCUUCGAGUCCUCAGACCCUCCCAGUGCCAGUGAAGGCCAGGUAGCCCCUAGCUGCGCCAGCCCUGAGCAUCUCUGGUGUGUUGCAGAUGGUGGAGUUCAUGCAGCGCUGCACCUCCCACAUGCAGGCCAUCAUCCAGGGUUUCUCCUGUGACCUCCUGAAGAUUGACCCCCCUUGGCGGCUCAUCUGCAGCCUGCCCCGGUUUGGGAGCCUCGUGCAGGGCAAGCUGCGGCACCCCCACCUGCUGCAACUGAUGGCUGUGGGCCUGUCCCAGGAGCUGGAGAAGACCCACCUGGUGUAUGAGCGUGUCGCUAUCGGCACACUGUUUGGUGUCCUCCAUGAACAGAGGUCCCAGUUCCCCAUGCUACACGUGGAGGUGAUAGUGAAGCUGCUGCUCCAGAUGCUGAUGCCCUGAGGUACCUGCAUUCCCGGGGCUUUAUCCCUGUCCCUCAGCUCCUAUGCCAUCCACAUCGUCUCCACAUGGGAAGCC